AUGCAAGAGCUGCUCCUCCUCCUCGCCCCGUCUCUCUUCGCAGCGUCUAUAUAUAUGGUUCUAUCCCGGAUUAUCCGCGUAUCAAAGGGGGAGGAACGCUCACCCGUACCAGCUCGUUGGAUAACGAGGAUUUUUGUUGUAGGAGAUGUGGUUGCCAUCUUGGGGCAGGCGACUGACAAAUAA